UAUGUAAACCCUAUAUCACAGAAAGAAGACCCUCCUCAUCACUCCAUUUGGUACAUAUAUGAGCAUUGGAAGAUGAAGCAGAAAGCCUUCUUCUUGGUGGUAUAUGUUGGGUUUCUUCAACUCAUGUCCUCCCUCGUUAGCAGUGCAUUUGAUCGCUCCGAAUUCCCUCCCUCAUUUCUUUUUGGAACUGCAACAUCUUUUUAUCAGAUAGAGGGUGCUUACUUGGCAGGUAACAAAAGCCUCAGCAAUUGGGACGUAUUCACUCACUUACCAAAAAAAAUCGUGGAUGGAGGCACUGGAGAUGUUGCAGAUGAUCACUACCAUUGGUACAUGGAAGAUGCAAAGUUGAUGCAUUCCUUAGGUGCAAAUUCUUAUAGAUUCUCCAUUUCAUGGUCCAGAAUCCUCCCAAGAGGUAGAUUUGGAGAAGUUGAUUCCAUUGGAAUCGAAUUUUACAACAGGCUGAUAGACGCAAUCUUGCUCAAAGGAAUACAACCAUUUGUCACACUGAACCAUUAUGAUAUUCCUCAAGAACUUGAAGACCGAUAUGGGUCAUGGUUGAGUCCACAAAUACAGUAGGUCUUCCCUUAUAUUUUAUUUCUUGUAAUUCAUUUAGUAGUACUUUUGAUAUUACAUGUUUGUUAUCAGUAAUCCUAUUAUAUAUGACACAAUGUAGGAUAUGUAGAAGUUUAAUCAA